AUGAUUGCAAGUAGCCGCACUCCCAAUAUGGCUUCAAAACCAGGUAUUCUCACGGAUUGGCCUUGGAAACCUCUUGGCAGCUUCAAGUAUAUGAUACUGGUGCCGUGGGUUGGCCAUAGCCUGUAUGCUCUAGCGUGCAGUGAGCGAAAACCAUAUUACUAUUUGAUAUUCCCAUUUCUUUUGCUGAGACUGCUUCACAAUCAGAUUUGGAUCUCUGUGUCUCGUUAUCUAACUGCUCAAGGCACUAACCGAAUCGUUCACAGAGGCCUUGAAUUCGACCAAGUUGACAGAGAAAGUAACUGGGAUGACCGGAUUUUACUAAAUGGACUCUUGAUGUACUUAGCAUCUAUGAUACUUCCUGAGCUCUUUCAUCACUUACCCUAUUGGAGAUCAAAUGAUGUGGUUAUCACAGCUUUAUUGCAUGCUGGUCCAGUGGAGUUUCUUUAUUAUUGGCUUCACAGAGCUCUUCAUCACCAUUUCCUCUAUUCUCGCUAUCAUUCUCACCAUCAUUCUUCCACUGUCACACAGCCUAUAACUUCUGUGAUUCAUCCAUUUGCUGAAGUUGUAGCAUAUUUCGUGUUAUUCUUGAUCCCAAUAUCUGCAACAAUAUUCACAAGAACUAUCUCCAUAGCCUCCUUGUUUGGUUACAUAUUUUACAUCGAUCUCAUGAACAACUUGGGUCAUUGCAACUUUGAGUUCUUCCCAAAGAAGCUCUUCUCUAUCUUUCCCUUGUUUAAGUACCUCUGCUACACGCCAUCGUUUCACUCAUUGCAUCACACCAAGUUUAGGACAAAUUACUCUCUUUUCAUGCCAAUAUAUGACUACAUUUAUGGCACUGCGGAUGAAUCCUCAAAUGAUACUUAUGAAAUAUCUUUGAAGAAGCCAAAGGACUUACCAGAUGUGGUUCACUUGACCCACUUAACAACGCCCGAUUCUAUCUAUCAUCUUCCUGUGGGGUUUGCUUCUUUAGCCUCAAACCCUCAAACCUCAAAAUGGUAUCUUCAUCUGAUGUGGCCCUUCACAUUUGUUCUUAACCUAAUGGCUUGGAUCUAUAGUCGUACCUUUGUCUCAGAAAGAAACACUUUAGAAAAGCUCAAUUUUCAAUCAUGGGUGGUACCAAGAUUUACAAAACAAUAUCUCUUAAACUGGCAGUGCACAGGACUGAACAAGAUCAUUGAAGAGGCAAUUCUUGAGGCUAACUCACGUGGUGUUAAGGUGCUUAGUCUAGGGCUUUUGAAUCAGAAAGAAGAGCUGAAUGCAUAUGGUGAAUUAUAUAUUCAAAAGUUUCCAAAACUAAAGGUAAAGAUUGUAGACGGAAGUAGCUUAGCUGCUGCUGUUGUUGUGAAUAGCAUUCCCAAAGGUACAAGUCAGGUGCUUCUUCGUGGCAACUUUGAUAAGGUUUUCUUCUCCAUAGCCCAGUCUUUGUGUGAAGCAAAUGUGCAGGUAGCUAUGCUAUACCAAGAUGAGUUUACAAAGCUUCACGCCAGACUCAACACAAAGCCCAAAGAAAGUUUUGCUGCUUCAACAACUACCAGUCUGAAGAUAUGGUUGGUGGGAGAUGGAUGGGAUGAAGAUGAACAGAUGAAAGCACCAAAAGGCUCAUUAUUCAUUCCAUUUUCUCAAUUCCCUCCAAAGAAAAUCAGAAAAGAUUGCUUCUACCACUAUACUCCUGCAAUGAGGGUCCCUCCUUCGAUCAAGAACAUGCAUUCUUGUGAGACUUGGCUGCCAAGAAGAGCAAUGAGUGCUUGGCGUAUAGCUGGAAUAGUGCAUGCCUUAGAAGGAUGGAAAGUUCAUGAGUGUGGCUCCACAACUUUUAGUCUUCAUAAAAUAUGGGAUGCAACUAUUCGUCAUGGUUUCCAACCUUUGGACGCACUCUACAAACCGACGUAA